AUGUUAGAAACAUUCGAUGUUGGCGCCGACCCUGGCGAAACAACCAUCGUCGCGCCAGCCACCCCGGCCAACCGAUCUGUCGUCACCGUACCUGGCGGCAGCGUUGUUGCUCCCGACGAGAGCGUUUUUGUUGGCGGCGCCAACGUGAGCGCCAUUUCUGGCGUCGAGCCCCUCAACGCCACUGGCACCGGCCCUUCUCCCAACGCCACCGUCCUCAACGGCAGCGGCAACUCCACCAACGGCAACUCCACCAACGGCAACUCCACCAACGACAACGGCACCUACACCGAGCUCCGCUCCGACGACAACGGUCAGAUUGGCGAGCAGGGCAACAUUGUCCUUCGGGCAUACCGACGGGAUGGAACUUUGGGCCGGCCCACCGAAUUCAACACUCCGCGAAUCUUUCGCAUCGAAAACUACGUCGAGCCGCCCCACAAAGCUCCGGCCGACGCGACCCCCUUCCAAAAGCAGCUGGUCGCCCUCAAGAACAACAUCGCCGAGAUCUACCUCAACCACAACAACUUUCGCGAGGAAUUGGCGAAUGGAGAAGUAAGGGCGUUGAUCCUCGUCAAAGACGAAAAUGGGCGUGUGACCGCCUUCAAGAACAAUAUUGUUCUGCAGCGACGAAACUAA